AUGCGCCCCUGCUUCCCCCGCACCGGACACCGGGAUGCUCCCCGCGGCGGCCCGGGGCUCCUUUGUACCUUGCCUGGCUCCGUUCCCCUCCCUUCCCGGCCCCGCUCGCGCCGCGCCCCGGCUCCGCCGCCGGCCGCCUCGCCCCCGCGCCGCUCCCCGCGGCGGAGCAUCCCAGCUGGCGGCAGCUUCCCGGGGUCUACCGGGGCUGCACCCCGCGGGGGCGGCGGGCGUCCCCCGGCGCACUGCACCGGCCGCGGGGAGGGGGCGGCGGGGCCGGCGGCGGUGCCCGGUGCCCGCUCCUUUGUUCGCCGCCGGCGGCCACGGCGGGUCGGCGCUGCUCCGGGCGGGCUCGGCGGCCCCGGCCGCGCUAAGAGCGCACCCCGGCACCGGCCCUGGGGGAUCGGAAGGGCUCGGGGGUUGCCGCAGGAGAGAAGGCGGCGGCGGGAAAGGGGCUCCCCCCGCCAGGGUGCGGGACGGGGGGGCUGUGCCCGAGCCGCCGGUGCCCGUGGGGCGGGGGCCGGAGCUGUGGGAGGCGUGACCGCGGCGCGCGUGGAGCGCCCGGCGCCCACUCCGCGGGCUGUGAGGGGCGCCCCGGGUCCCGCUCGACCCGGGCUGGGGCUGCCACUCUCCCCCCGACCCCUUUUUCCGGAGCAGCGGUGUGUGCCGGAGCCCGGCGGGUUCCCAGGCGUGGCGGCACCUGACUUGCUGGAUCCCAAAUCGGCCACUCAGAACUCCAAACCAAGGUUAUCAUUUUCCACCAAGCCUACCGUGCUCACUUCACGGGAGGAAAGUGAUUCAGCCAUUAAUGUUAUGAAAUGGAAGACAGUCUCAACAAUUUUUCUCGUGGUAGUCGUGUAUUUAAUAAUUGGAGCAACAGUAUUUAAAGCCCUGGAGCAGCCUCAUGAGACCUCCCAGAGAACCACCAUUGUGAUUCAGAAGCAGACGUUUGUAUCUCAGCAUUCCUGUGUGAAUGCAACAGAGCUUGAUGAACUGAUUCAGCAAGUAGUGGCAGCAAUAAAUGCAGGAAUCAUACCUUUAGGAAACACAUCUGCUCAGAUCAGUCACUGGGACUUGGGAAGUUCCUUCUUCUUUGCUGGCACUGUUAUUACCACCAUAGGCUUUGGAAACAUCUCCCCACGCACACAAGGUGGAAAGAUAUUCUGUAUCAUCUAUGCCUUAUUGGGAAUUCCUCUGUUUGGUUUUCUGUUGGCUGGUGUUGGAGAUCAACUAGGGACAAUCUUUGGAAAAGGAAUUGCCAAAGUAGAAGAUACCUUUGUUAAAUGGAAUGUGAGUCAGACCAAGAUUCGCAUCAUUUCAACAAUAAUAUUCAUACUGUUUGGCUGCGUGCUGUUUGUUGCCCUUCCUGCAGUUAUAUUCAAGCACAUAGAAGGCUGGAAUACAUUAGAUGCAAUUUACUUUGUGGUUAUCACUUUAACUACCAUUGGAUUUGGUGACUAUGUUGCAGGGGGAUCAGAUAUUGAAUACCUAGAUUUUUAUAAGCCAGUGGUGUGGUUCUGGAUCCUUGUUGGACUGGCUUACUUUGCAGCUGUCCUCAGCAUGAUUGGAGACUGGCUAAGGGUCAUAUCAAAAAAGACAAAGGAAGAGGUGGGGGAGUUCAGAGCCCACGCUGCAGAGUGGACAGCAAAUGUCACCGCCGAGUUCAAGGAGACUCGAAGGCGCCUGAGCGUGGAGAUCUACGACAAGUUCCAGCGAGCCACCUCCAUCAAAAGGAAGCUCUCUGCAGAACUUGCCGUCAACCACAACCAAGAUCUGACCCCCUGCAAGAGAACACUGUCAGUGAACCACCUGACCAGCGAGAAGGACCUCUUGCCAGCUCUGACAAAGACGGACAGCAUUUACAUGAAUGGUUUGACGCCGCACUGUGCAGCGGAAGAGAUAGCCGUGAUCGAGAACAUUAAGUAG